AUGACAUCAACGAGUGUUCUUGUUGAACAACCAGCCCGGUAUUUCGAUUUAGUGAAUAAACCAGAAACCUUAAAACGAACCAAUGGAAAUCCAAUUCCAGAUUCUGAAUUCAAAAAUGUUCCAGCGAAUGGAAGCGAAGUGCCAACAGAUUGGGAUGUGAGUUUCGGUGAUGUGCUUAACUGGUCACAAGGACGACCAACAGAAGCAUUCUUUGUCCUUCAAGAUCGAACUUUAUUAAAAAAUCCUGAUCGAAGUGGCUCUGGUUAUCUAACGAUUCCAUUCGCAAUUACAAGAAAUAGCCGAAAUGCAUUACUACGAUAUGAAUAUGUGAUGGAAAGUGUGGGUAAAAAUUACGUUACAACAAUUGAAUUACAUCCGGAAGAUGUUUUCAUCAAGAAAAAUUGGGGAGAUGUACCUAGUGGAAUCCUUUCGCGCAAUGUCGAGUUUAUCUACGAUCCACUAGAAGAAUUUCUCUAUGUUAACAUUCCAAAUACAAAAAAAUCCAAGGAAUUCAAAUUAGGUUCGACUACAAUGAAAGAUAUUCAAACGUGGUUUGCUGGCGCUAUGGAAGAUCAGGCGUCCUUUCGAGUGAAGUACAAAUUUUCCGGACCUGAUUAUCGAAAAUAUCAUAAUGAAUAUCAGUUGCAAAAAGAAAACUUUUCUUUGCCGAAAACCUGGUCUUCCGAACCAGGAACUACUGAUCUUGGACAUGAUCACUGUCAGGGUGAAUGGAUCUUUCACGGCGAUCGAAAGCAUAUGGCUGAUGCGAAAAAACACGUACAAGAUUUCUAUAAAGAUCUACCAGUCACAAUAGAAGAUAUUGAUCGUAAAUAA